AUGGCCCAGCCUCGUUACGGAGAAAGACCAUUCUCUUUCCACAACCUUUUCAAGAUGCUACUUUCACCAAACGCUUCGACGAAGGCGGCCCAUGAGGAGGCUGACCUCGCCGAAGAUAUCGAUGAACCCCCCGAUCACCUCACCCACGCCACCCCGUCAAACUCCGAUCAGAUUCGCCUCGCACGGCCAACCGUGGACCGCAAAGAAUCCCUGCUUACCCGCGCCCUGAAGACCAGCCCGGAGAUGUCACCAACUGACCAGCAUACUUCCUUCCAUGACUCUUACAUGUACCGAUCCUACCCUUACAGUAACAUCUCUGGUCUCUCGACUGCCGAGCUUACCAGCGAUGGUGGACUCACAAGUCCUUCGCUAUCCAACACCCCCAGCCCACCUCUUCCCCCUCAGAUGAUGAGCAAGGCUGCAUUGAUGGGAAAGAAAGAUGUCACGCCAAAGGUCAAGGUUGUAGCAGCCGGUGAAAACACCGUCGAAGCCAACCUUGGCCGCAAGCGAUGCAUCAGCUUUGCGUGCGGUAGAAAGACUGAUGAUAAUCCGCCUUUGUCUCCUGUCUCUCCCUCUGGAUCUCAGACUCUUCCACCCAAGAGCCAGUCCUCGAAGGAAGACGCGGAGGAAACUCCUAUCCAGCCUCUUCAGCGCAAGACCACUCUGACUUUCGUCUGUCCUGGACGUGAGCCUACUCCCCAAAGAGAGCGAUCUCCAGUACGCAAGGCCUCUUUCCGGUCAAGAUGCCGUGGAUCCCCGGCACCUGCCCUGCGAAAACCCUCUCCUGAACCCAAGGUCACUCCCCAAAAGGUCUCUGAGGAGGUUGUUCCCUCGGCAGCUACUCCCAAGGGUAUCCCUACCAGUGGCUUGGGAAAAUUUGAGGAAUCGGAGGCUACUCGGUUCCACGAAUUUGCUAGCUCUAUGGAUGAAGAUGACGAAUGGGUGAACAAGGAAGCCGACUACACGGAAAAGAUUACUUUGAACGACUGCAUGAAGAAGGAAAUGGCAAUUCGACGCCUUGGAGAGCAAGCGGAAGAAGAGGCACUGGAGGAAGAAGACGAUGAUGUGGAAGACCUUGCGGAUGACGACUCGACUGUGCAUGAUUUCUCUUCCGACGAUGGCAACGAGUCUGACAAUGAGGCUGGCUUUGCAGAGUCAGAUGAGAGUGACGAUGAAGGCUCAGACUAUGAAUUCUGGGCCCCGUCAUUGGCCACUCCUGAACCAACAAGCCAACCCAUUGAAAGUCGCCCCGCCAUGGAACGUCGUGCCUCGAACACAUCGUUUGACUCUAUGGAGGAUCAUCCCAAGUGGCUCCCAGCCCCUGUGAACAUUAGCUCCCGCCGCCCAUCCAAGGUUUCGACAAGCAUCAGGAUCCGCCCUCGCACGCCCAACCUCCCUGACAGUACUGACUUUGUGUGUGGUACACUCGAUGAGGAUCGCCCUCUCGAGGCUGCCUACAAGUCCUGUCUGGAGCAAAGACGUCUCUCCAAGCAAAUCCCCAUCCCGCAGGACAUCGACCCGAGUUUCCCCACCAGUGACCCCGAGGACGAGGAAGACGAAGAGCCAUCCCAGGAAGAGCUCUCCGACAUCCCCUCUGAGCCAAGCCGAGGAAGGGCAGAGGGCGACGCUCGCAAGCACUCCCCCCGCCACUCUCCCAAACGCCUGAUGUCUCCACCCCCACGCCGAGCUGGACGUACCUCUCCCAAACGUCUGAAGUCCCCUCCCCCUCGUGUGCGCGCCAAGUCUCCCAUUCCCUCCAAGUGGCAGUUUACCGAAGAGAUGCCCACGGUCGAGUCUCCCGAGGGCCUGAACAUCAGCCACCUGGUCCAGCGUCGACCCCUGGUUCGAACCAAGUCUCUCCCUCGUACACCUAAUCCUUUCUUUACUGGUCUUGAUAAAGAUCAUCGCUGGAAAAGUAUUCCCGCAUUGUCAGAAUCGCCAGAGCGCGAGCACUCACGAACCCGUGAGCUACAUACCCGAGGCCCUGUCGACAUCGUCGAAGGGCUCGAAAAGAAGCGCCAGAAACGCAAAGAGAAGUUCUGGCGCCAACACUGCCGCAAAGCUGCCAAAGAGCAACUGGGCAAACGGCCUAUUCCAGGCCAUGGAGCUACACGGAUGAAGGAGCUUGGCCUCGAAGUUGCUGAGAGGUGCAGAGCUUAUGGCGUCGGUCAAGACGCCCAGCUCGUCCUAUCUGUGUAG